UUAAAACACUUGACGUCUGUAUGAGGAAUAAAUCGCUGUUUGUUUUUUCAUGUACUAUACAUAGCAGUGUUCGACAUAAGCUAUGGUAGAUUGUGAGAGGAUUAUUUUUUGGUAAAGUUUUGUUCUUAGUAUUUUGUAUAUUGAUCGGAUUACUGACUGCUUAUACGAUAUUUUGGAAUUAACAGUUCGGUGCAAAGACAGAGUUGAAUAUAUGAUACAGGAUUUAUUCACUGGAUUAACAAAAGUCAGAAAGUGACGACCGCCAUUGAGCAAGGGUGCCGGACGCUUGUCUUUCAUCCAAAAUGCAGCUCUCCAUUAUGCUCCGUCUCGGUUGCGACGUCGUUUGGCUGAUGUUUGCAAUUUGCGUCAUCUCGAGAACCAAAUCAGAGGGUUUCGGUCCCAUCAAGCAGACAACGAAAGGGAAAGUGCAGGGGAUUCGCGUGCAAGUCGGCACAACAGAGGUGGACAUCUAUUACGGUAUCCCCUAUGCAAAACCACCGCUGGGCAAUCUCCGCUUCAGGCACCCGAUCCCCGAUGACCACUGGACGGGUGUGCUCGACGCGAAGGAGCGCCCGAACGCCUGUUUUCAGCCUACGUCAGACCAUGUUUUUCCAAAUUUUGAAGGAUCUAAAGUCUGGAAUCCAAACACCAAUAUCAGUGAGGAUUGUUUGUAUCUUAACGUCUACGUGCCGCAGACACCGAAUAACGAACAUUCGGUUUACGGUAAAGACGUCAUGGUGUGGAUCUUUGGCGGCGGCUUCUACUCUGGCUCAGCAGUGCUGGACGUGUAUGAAGGACGCUACCUUGCGGCGGAAAACGACGUCAUAAUUGUGAGUAUACAGUAUCGAGUGGGGUCGCUCGGGUUUCUGGCGAUGUACCACCCGGAAGCGCCAGGAAACGCCGGUUUGUUUGAUCAAGUGCUUGCUUUAGAUUGGGUGCAACAGAAUAUUUAUUACUUCGGCGGCAACCCGCGCUCUGUGACGUUGUUUGGCGAGAGCGCGGGCGCUGUUAGUGUUGGAAUGCAUAUGCUUUCUCCUCUAAGUCGGGGGAAGUUCCACAGGGUUAUUUUACAGAGUGGGUCGCCCAACGCCGCAUGGGCGAUUCUCUCGGAUAAGGAAGCUAAGAAUAGAUCAAGGAAACUCGCAAAGAGCCUUAACUGCGGCAAUUUCCUUGAAGUACCGGACAUUAUAGAAUGUCUUCGAGGUGUGCCGGCGUUAACUAUAAUAGAACACGACUGGGAAGUUAUCACUUCUGGCGUUGUAAGGUUCCCCUUUGUUCCCAUAGUUGACGGGUCCUUCUUAACGGAGGCGCCUGAAAAAUCUAUCAAAUCCAAAAAUUUCAAAAAAUGUCCAGUUUUAUUGGGUCACAAUACAAACGAGGCAUUUUACUGGCUCUUAUACUACGGCCACGGAACCUACUUUCAUAAACACACGGUGCCCGAAAUAACGCAAAACGCAUUCGAUCGCCUAAUAGACGAUUUGUUUUUCUAUCAUCCAUAUUACCCGAAAGAACUUAACUCCUUCGGCAAGGAUGCGAUUAAGUUCCAGUACCGAAAUUGGGUCAAUCCAAAUGACCAGGCGAUGAACGCCUGGCAAUUGGACAUGGCGGUGGGAGACUUCAACUUCAUCUGCCCCACCGUGGACUUUGCACGCUUUACUUCUGAGGCCGGAAGUAACGUAUACUAUUACGUGUUCGAGCACCGCUCUAGCGUUCACCACUGGCCAGAUUGGAUGGGCGUGCUGCACGGAGACGAGAUCAACUUCGUGUUCGGCGAGCCGGAGAACAAAACUAAGGGCUACACACCCGAGGAGGUUAUAUUCUCGCGGAAAAUGAUGCGAUAUUGGACCAAUUUUGCAAAAACUGGGGACCCCAACCGGCGGCCAGGUCAUGUCAGUAUGGACGAGUGGCCGCUAUUCAACAACGUGACACGUGAACACCUUAUUCUGCGGCCAGAGCUCAUUAACCGCGUGGACAAGUCACGUGCUAUCGGCCGCGGGUCACGGGCCAACGAAUGCGCAUUUUGGCGGAACUAUCUCCCGGAACUGGUUUUAAAAACAGCGGACAUGUCGCAGAUGGAAGUUGAAUGGAAAAUGCAGUUCAACGAAUGGAGUACGAAAUACAUCGUAGAGUGGAAAACACAGUUCGACAGUUUCUUGUUGGACAAUGGUCUGAAAAAGUCCGAAAGAUGUCCAUCGCCUUGAAAUAAUUCAGUUCUCAGAAGCUAGCAUAUGUCGAUGUUAUAAAAUGUGAUAUAACAUAAGUCAGAAUAUUGACAUAAUAGAUUAUCCUCACGCCAAUAUGUGGGGUGAAAACCUUCAGUGAUAUAAGCCAGUAUGAAUGUCUUAGCGAUUCAAGCAAUACUGAUUGACAUGACAAUCAACUCAUUUUACCGCCUUGACCUAUAUCACGUCAUCGUGUGAGAUGGCAUAAAACAAGUUAAACUCUAUGGACCACGGUGGUUCUAUUAGGUGUUUACUGGUAAAUAAAAAAGUUACAUUUGUUAUGAUAAUGGUUUAAUAUUUCCGCGAUUGGUUAAGAACGUUUUGUUUGCAACAGUGACAACAAAUGACACCCUACACGUGUAGUAAAUAAAACAUAUAUAUCAGUUGGAUAUACAUGCGGAGUGAGCAAAUGGCAAUAUUGACGGCAAUCCGCAUAUUGAAAUAACAUGUGAAACGAACAUUGUCAGAAUACAGCCGAUGAAAUGUUUACAGAAAAAAGCUAUACACCAAUCUGUAUUUUGUGAUAUCAAUCUUAAAUUCCUCGUACGUCUCCUUUCUGAUUGAGUGACAUGAUACGUUUCUAGAAAAAAAGGCAUAUGAAAAAGAGCUAAAAUAAAAACAAGGACGCUUUAGCAUGAUUCGUUUUAAUUCUCCCGGCUUCACCGCUGAUUGGUAAUCAAAACAAAACACUGUGCACAAGCUCAGGCUUUGGAACAUAUUGAUAAACGCGUUUUAUAGCAAAAGAAAUACCUUAAAUAAAAAAUGUACGUAGACGUGUUAUAAAAUAAAAGAUUUUAAAGGA